AACCGGUUUAUCAAUAUUUGUGUCAUUCACCAAAGCUUAACACAUUUUUUACGUACACUUUUAUUUUGUAAUUAUUUUAUUUGCUAUUCUUAUAUAUGGCACCUAAAAAAGACAAAGGCAAGAAAGAUGAGGACAAAGCGGGAACAUUCAAUGAAGUUGAAAGGACGUUUUUGGAGCUUCAGUUGGCGGAGUGUAACAGGAAGGUGGCGAGGCUCAGGACUGCCUUAGAUGAGUAUGAACUCCGAAAUGAAGAGCUGCAGGCAUCGUACGACAAAUUAGAUGAAGAUAGAGCUGAUAUUAUCGCGUACUUGAAAAAAACACUUGCCGUUAAAAAUGAAGAAAAUGUCGAACUUAAAGAGAAAGUUAAAGGCCUCGAAGAAAUUAGAGAGAUUGAGAAUGAGCGCUUUAAAGAAACUACGACAGAACUGGAAAAAAACUUUACUAUUAUGAAAGACCAGCUCACAUCGGAAAAUAAACUUUUAGCAGGCAAACUUAACACAUUAGAAGAGUUCAGGGCCAUUAGAGAUGACUUGAUGAAAAAGUUUGAAAGGCAAGAAGAAGAAUUUAAAGAUCAAGAAAUGAAGUACAAAAGAAUCAUUUAUAAUUCCGAAAAGAAAUUCAUAAUAGGCAAAGAUAAACUAAAACAAGAAAUGGAAGCUCGGCUCCUGCAACUGGCUCAAGAUUUUCAGGAUGCUACAGAACUCAGAAUUGCUGCGUCUACACAUCGAGUUAUCAGAGAAAAUAUAGCUAUCAGCAACGAGCUAGAUAAUAUACUUCUGACUCAGUCGAAAGUAGCUAAUCAAAAUAAGCAAUUUAGGGACCAAAUGACAAGGGCUAUUGUUUCGCAAGAGUUAGCAGAGGAAGAAAGAGACAAAGCAAUUUCCAAGAGUGUGAUCCAAGUAAAAAUAAUUGACCAGCUAACUGCAGCUUUUGAGGAAAUUAAAAAAGAAAAAUGUUUGUACGAAAGGCGUUAUUUUGAUUUCGAAAAAUUGGAAGGUAAAAUACGAAAGCUCACAAAAGAGAACGAAAAUCUUGCUCUACAAGUUCGUGUACUUGAACAAAAUUUGCAUGCUAGAUUAAGCGAUCAGAAUAAAGCCGCUGUAGAAGCUUGUCAAAUGACUAAAGAGCGUGACAAGCUAAGAAAAAUUUUGAAAGAUGCAGCCUUUGCCAUUCAAGCGGCCUUGAAAUUAGAUCAAUGGGCUACAGAAGACGCCGAACGCGACGUUAUGGACAGACAAGUGUUACUGUCGCAUUUGCUUGAAAUUGUUUCUCAGUACCGAGAAGUCGAACAAGCAGAGUCCUUGGGUACAAUUGCUUCAUUCACUAAGGUUUACAACGAAGGUGACCUGGGCUUUGUACCUAAACAGCAAGUUGCGAAGAAGCAAGUGGCACCAAUAAACGCGCUGUUAUCGACGGCUACGAAAGAUACUCCAAAAGGUGAAGUCAGUCCUACAGGUGCAUCGUUGUCAAGAUCUUCACUUGGAAGUGUGAAGACAAUACCGAGUAUUAAAGUGUUACCUCCUACGGUGCAACAAGCCGCAUCUCCAUCAAUUAAAGACAGUCUAGAAUCGUUUGUGGCUACAACGCCGCCUUCAAAAUCGAGUGAAGUUGUCGAAGAAGUCGAGGAACUCGAUAUCGAACAACAGUUAGCUGCAAGUAAACUUGAAAUGCAGAAAUCGUUAAUGAAGGAUUUAGCUUACUCUCAAAUAACUUUGAAAAUGUCCACGACGCACGUUGCAAUGGAUAAAGUGAAAAAGAAGGAAGUCGUUGCAACACAUGCCGACGAUCAAGAGUCAAAGGAUGAAGAAAUGGUAACGAAACAAACAGCUGAAGCACAUAGCAGUGAUGACGAUAACAGCCUCGACGAUGACAGUCACGACGAUAACAGUCACGACGAUGACACUAAUGACGAUAACACUGACGAAGAUACAACAUCUGACACAAAGCCCCACGUGAGGCUCAGUGGAGUAGAAGACGGUGAUUCAAAAGACUCCGCAACGCAUGUUGAUGAAUCCGCAUCUGACGAUGGUGAAAAAAAGAAGAAAAGUUCUAAAUGAAUAAUUAUUUUAUUGUUUUUUGCUUUUGUAUAUUUAGGUGAGGUUUUUAAAUGCAUUCUUUUUUUACUUUUUAACUUCCAUU